AUGCAGCCCAAGCAGCCACACCAGAAGGCACAACUUGCAUCAAAACCUGAGAGAUUCAGAGAGGUAUCAACAAUGGCUUUGGCAGCUUCACUUUCCCCAGCAACCCCUUUGGUUCAAACCACCAAUUUGAACCCACUGGGUUGGACUGAUGAUCAGAUCCUUGAGAAAGUCUACAUCACUCACGUCCACACCGCCGAAAGGUACGAUGUUGAAUCGCUUUUCAACGUUACAUCCAACGUCAUCAAGCGUUCUACCGCAAUUGCUGACAGUGUUGCUGUUAAGACUGGCACACCCGUUGGUCUUAUCGAAGACAAGGUUGUUUUGUCCACUUUCGACCCACCGUUCCUUAAACUCAAGCAUAUUGCUUCUCAGAUGAUGAACACACCUCAUGGUGAGCAUCACGCGCACCAGACAGCAAUGUCGAUACUUGACCAGCUGAGGAGCUACUCGUGGGAUGGAAAAGCAAUACUAGUUCUAGCUGCUUUGGCUUUGGAAUAUGGAAAUUUUUGGCAUCUUGUCCAGGUUCCAACAGCAGACCAUCUUGGAAGAUCAUUGGCGCAGAUGAAUCGAGUUCACAUCGUGGAGAGGAAUAGGCAAGCUGUUGCUGACUACAACAGUUUGGUGAAGAACUUGCUGAUCGCGGUUGAGUGCAUCUCUGAGUUGGAGAGGCUCUCCACCAAAGGUUAUGACUUGAAGGAUGUCCCAGCUUUGGCUGAAGCCAUGCAAGAGAUCCCUGUAGCUGUCUACUGGGCAAUCGUCACCACUGUUGUUUGUGCUAAUCAUUUUGAUUUCCUCCUUGGUGAAUCGGAUGACAGAUAUGAAAUAGCGAAUUUUGACGACAAGCUUUCCGCCGUUAUCAGCAAAUUGAAGGCGAAUUUGACCAGGAGCAGAAAGAAAAUAGGUGACCUAGAAGACUACUGGAGGCGUAAGAAGUUGCUCCAAACCCCCACAGAAAUUGUGGAGGUUCUCAAGGUUCUUAUCUUCCACAACGAAGUUCACGACCCACAUGUUUACGAUGGCUUCUCUAGACAAAUGGUUAGCAUUGAAGUAUUUAGGAAGAAACACGUGUUGCUGUUCAUUUCUGGGUUGGACAGCAUCAGAGAUGAGAUUCGGCUGCUGCAAUCAAUCUACGAGGGAUUGCAUGAAGAUCCUAUGGAAGUCAAAGGAUACAGGAAAGAGGACUUCAGGAUCUUGUGGGUGCCCGUGGUGGAAGACUGGAAUCUUCUGCACAGGGCAGAAUACGAUAAUCUGAAGUUAGAAAUGCCGUGGUACGUGGUGGAAUACUUCUUCCCCUUAGCAGGAAUCAGACUCAUUAGAGAGGACUUGAACUACAAGAACAAACCCAUCAUUCCUGUGCUGAACCCUCAGGGAAGAGUGGUGAACAACAAUGCCAUGCACAUGAUUUUCGUGUGGGGCAUCGACUCCUUCCCCUUCAGACCUUCUGAUGAUGACGUCCUUACCCAGAAAUGGAACUGGUUCUGGGCCGAAAUGAAGAAAGUCAAUCCCAGACUUCAAGACCUUAUCAAAGCGGACAGUUUCAUCUUCAUCUACGGAGGUAAUGACAAGAAAUGGAUGCAAGAUUUCUCUCAGUCAGUGGACAAAAUCAGAAGGCACGAUAUCAUCAAGAAAGCAGACGCAGUGAUAGAGCACUACCCAUUUGGAAGGGAAGAUCCGAGGAUCGUUCCUCGGUUCUGGAUAGGCAUAGAGAGCUUGUUCGCGAACAUGAUUCAGAAGACACACAAGGACCCCACCAUUGACGAGAUAAAGAGCUUGCUGUGCCUGAAACAGCAGCAACCAGGGUGGGUUCUGCUGAGCAAAGGGUCGAACGUGAAGAUUCUGGGGAGUGGGGAACCAAUGCUGGCGACUGCGGCAGAUUUUGAGAUAUGGAAAGAGAAGGUGCUUGAGAAAGCAGGGUUUGACGUGGCUUUCAAGGAAUACUAUGAGCAGAAGCGACGCAAUUACCCUCAGGAAUGUUCCCACAUGCAGUUGGCCAACUACCCUGCUGACAUUCUCCACCCCAUUAACUGCCCUGAUGCAGGUUGCGGCAGAUCCAUGGAGAUUGCUUCUGUGAGUUACAAGUGCUGCCACGGUCAUAUUCACAACAAGGCUGAAAUUCCAGAGAGUGGCGAUGUCAUGAUUGAGAAGAAGUACGCUUCUUGA